UGGGAGUGCCCGCUCUGGAAUCUCUGCCGCCGUCUGGGGGCUGAGGCAGCGCGGGCACGCGUGCGCAGUGCACGGGUGGGCCGUCGUGGGCGCCGCUCCCGGCAGCUCGGUGCCUGUGGGACCAGGGGCCGCGGCGGCGCCGGUGCUCCGGGGCGAGGGCCGCCGUGAAGUUCGGCGUGAGGAGCGCGGCCGCGCCGGGGCGGGGUGAGCGGGGCCGGGCUCCGGGAGCGCGGCGCCGGCUGAAGCGAGCUGGGAGGCUCGAGGGACCGGCGGGCGCUGGCACUCAACUUACACAGUUUCUAUGUUAGUUUAAUGCCAUUGAAACUCUCUACAGCAAAAUUGGGUGUAAUGUUCAAGCACAGAAAUGCCUUAUGUGGAUCGUCAGAAUCGCAUUUGUGGUUUUCUAGACAUUGAAGAAAAUGAAAACAGUGGGAAAUUUCUUAGGAGGUACUUCAUACUGGAUACCAGAGAAGAUAGUUUUGUAUGGUACAUGGAUAAUCCACAGAACCUGCCUUCUGGAUCAUCACGUGUUGGAGCCAUUAAACUUACCUACAUUUCAAAGGUUAGCGAUGCAACUAAGCUAAGGCCAAAGGCUGAGUUCUGUUUUGUUAUGAAUGCAGGGAUGAGGAAAUAUUUCCUACAAGCCAAUGAUCAGCAGGACCUAGUAGAAUGGGUAAAUGUGUUGAACAAAGCUAUAAAAAUUACAGUACCAAAGCAGUCAGACUCACAACCUCAUUCUGAUAACCCAAGUCGCCAAGGUGAAUGUGGGAAGAAGCAAGUGUCUUACAGAACUGACAUUGUUGGUGGUGUGCCCAUCAUUACCCCAACUCAGAAAGAAGAAGUAAAUGAAGGUGGUGAAAGUAUUGACAGAAAUAAUUUGAAGCGGUCACAAAGCCAUCUUCCUUACUUUACUCCUAAACCGUCUUCAGAUAGUGCAGUUAUCAAAGCUGGAUAUUGUGUAAAACAAGGAGCAGUGAUGAAAAACUGGAAGAGAAGAUAUUUUCAAUUGGAUGAAAACACAAUAGGCUACUUCAAAUCUGAACUGGAAAAGGAACCUCUCCGUGUAAUACCACUUAAAGAGGUUCAUAAAGUCCAGGAAUGUAAGCAAAGUGACAUAAUGAUGAGAGACAACCUCUUUGAAAUUGUAACAUCGUCUCGAACUUUCUAUGUGCAGGCUGAUAGCCCUGAAGAGAUGCACAGUUGGAUUAAAGCAGUCUCUGGUGCCAUUGUAGCACAGCGGGGACCUGGCAGAUCAGCGUCUUCUGAGCGUUCCCGCUGUCCUUCCGAACCCAGACACGCGCUCCUCUCUGCCAGCGCCACAGCAGCCACCCCGCGACCCACAGCCUCUCGCAGCGACUCUCUGGUCUCAAGCUUUACCAUGGAGAAGCGAGGAUUUUACGAAUCUCUUGCCAAGGUCAAGCCAGGGAACUUCAAGGUCCAGACUGUCUCUCCAAGAGAACCAGCUACCAAAGUGACUGAACAAGCUCUGCUAAAACCUCAAAGUAAAAAUGGCCCUCAGGAACAAGAUUGUGACCCCGUGGACUUGGAUGACGCAAGCCUUCCAGUCAGUGAUGUGUGAGAUGGAAGCACGUGGAGCCUGACCCGCCUCAUCCACCCUCAGUGUCCUUUCAAGAGGCUUCUCGCCAAAGAUGAUAAAGGGGAAAGGGGCUUUAAUGCAUAUAGUAUACUGCCUCAUCGAUGUUCUCUUUAUAAGCUGGUAAGCCAAGAAGCUAGGGCAUGGCCAAACUAAAUGCAAUUUCUUUAAAAAAAAAAAAAAAAGAAAAAGAAAAAAGCCCUAAGUAUCUCAGUAUCAGCUGUCUGAAGCUUUGUUCUCAUUGGGAUGAUAAAAGUGUAUGUGUGAUAUUUUUUCCAAGUGAAUUUGACAAUUUAAAUGUUUCACAAUUUAAAACAUGAAAAAUGCUUAUUAAUUAUUUUGGUGGUUUUAAAAAUGCUACUGUGACUUCCAAUUAAAUGUUCAAUCUCUACACAUUCUUACCAGUUAAUAUUAUUGAAUGAAAUAUUGCCAGACAAAAAUAUCUAAACUCAUGACGUCUGUGGUGCUGUAAAAUUUAUAGUACAGUGUGGACAGUGUUGAAAUGAUAGCCAUUUUUGAUGCUCUGGAUCUCACGGUGAGCGGUGAGUUUUGCAUAGAGGAUAUUAUUGGACUGUUAGUGAGGGCCGUGUGUUGUACCGGGGUGGAGAAAAGGGGAGAAUUAGAAUUCAAACAGCCUAUCUCGGACAUUUAUUUGUAAAAGCUUAAUCAAGACGUGCAGCAGUCAUUGCUUUAUUCAGUGAAAAUUAUUAGAUAUGAAAUUUCUUGGAGAUCUGAUUUUCUUGUCAGAGUUUUGUAAAAUAGUUCUUAUUUCUAUAUUUGGAUCAGUGAAAGACCUCAAGUUUAUGUGUAAAGACAUACUGCCCUUAGUCAUGCGAUUGUAACCUCUGUGUUUUGUCACUAAUAACCUGUAUUCAAGUGCCUGUGUUUUUUCAUCUUGUUUAGGAAUAUUUUGAGAUUAAUGUGCUCAAAACUCCUACAUGAUUGGUUUUAAACAAUUAGGAUAAAAUUAAUUUUCAGUAGCAUAGGUUAAUGUGCUAAAUAACAUACCAUUUUGUGUUAAGAGAUACCAGAAUGUUGUUGUUCUACUAUCUGUGCAAUAUAUGUUUUAAAACACAUAUUUGACUUUACAUUUAAUCAUGGGCAUAUCAUAAAUAUAAGCACCUCUCUAAAAUAUCAUUAGUUUCAGGUGUUGAGUAAUAGACCAGUUUGACCAAGUACUGUUUUUACGGUUCAGUCUUAAACAUUUGCUUUAAGAAAAUAGUCUUGAAUUUCACAUGCUGCUAUUUUUAUGAUAUUUUGCCGUAUUACAGUACUGUUUUGUUUUGAAUUCAUAAAUGUCACUGUUUCUCCUUUUCAUUUUCUAAGAUGACUUCUUGUUUGAGAAAGAGAGGGGAGGGUGAAUUUCUUAUUACAGUGGUGGGGUCCAGAGGUUACUAUCUAUUAUACUAGAAUUAUCAUAGCAUCACUUUAAAAAUCCGAAUGCAUCAAGAAUGCACCACUCAACAUUUUUAUUCAUAAGCUAAUAUUUUUAGAAGUUAUAUUUAGGUUUUUCCUUUUUUGCAGCUACAUUUGAGAAUGAUAGAAUGAAAAGGUUUUAAGUAGUUAUCACUUUCUCUGCAGAUAUAUCCAUUACAGCAGCUCUUUUAGAAAGCUCUUUUUUCAUGAACACACCUAAGAAAUCUUGUGUAGACAGUUGGCUAUUUCAGGAGCCUAAUGCUGUUUUCUUUGGUACAGCUUCUACAUUGCAUGUUCAUUUUAAUAUUUUGGUAUUGGUAAUUUGAUAUAUUCCAUAGUGGCAAAAUAUUAGCUCUAUUUUGGGACUUUUUAUAGAACUACCCUUGUAUAGAAUAGCAUAGGGAAAUGGUCUUGUGAUUGUCGGAGUCUCCUAAUAUUUAUCUCAAUACUUUUAUAAUUCUAUGAAAAUUAUUUAAUUAUUUUAAAACUUAUACUUUUCCUGUAAAUAUGUCCCAUCUGAAUUGUCAAAGAAUUACUUUGAAUACCUUAAUAUUUGCUGCAUUUUUUUCUGUAUAUAUAACAUGUCUUCUUUCAGAAUGAGAAUAUAUGUGUGCUUCCCAUUGUUUACUUUUAUGUCUGAUAUCUUUAUACAUCAAACUGGUUGAACACUGUAAUGACUUGAGAAUA